AUGGCUGGUGGUACUAACAAUGGCGUGCAGUAUCUGGGGUCUGUUCCCGGCGUUUUGAAAAUUCUGGAAAUUGUAAGCACUGUCUAAUGUUUAAUAUAGCCUAAUUAUUGCGCAAAUCACUGUGACAGGAGAAAAUCGUCCUUGCAUCAACACCCAACCUGCGAACGGGCAUAGAUAGGAGAUUGAGCUGAAUGCUGAAUUUUAGGCGCCUUUGGCUGCCAUUAAGGUGAAAGGGUUAUUUUUGAGUGAGAAAGAAAAGCCGUUAAACUCUUCAGGGGUGACCCCCCCCCCCUCCUCAAAAAUUCCAUGUAAAUUCAAUAAAUCAAAAGCAUGUUUUAUGUUCAAUUCUUCCGUCUAGAUACUUCAAAUAGUCUGCGUUGGCUUCGUGGGAUAUUUCUGGGACAACUGGGUUUGGAAAGACUAUGAUGAUGUUCCCAAAAACGACUACAUCAAAAUCUUCCUUUGGUCAACAGCAGCAUCUGGAAUAAUAACACUGCUGUUCUUUCUCAUAUUUCUCAUUGGUUCACUUAUGAAAAAGAUAGUAUGUUCAUAGUUAUUAUUCUCUCGAUAACAUUUCAUAUACGGUGUAUAUAUCGCGCUUAUUUAGCCGCCAGUUUAUAUAUUCAAAAUUGUUAUUGCAUCUUAGGCUGCUGCUAUUUUUAUUCUUUUGGCUAUCUUACUGUUUGCUGUCUCAGGACUGUUGGUUGACACUCUAGUGUAUUACAAAGACAAGGACGUUUGCAAAGCAUUGGAAUUUUUCGAUGCAGACAGUCAGUGUAAACAGCUGACAGCAGGAAUUGUAAGUUUCCUUCUUAAUUUUUUUUAUAUUUCUCUACUGAAUUCUCUUGUUCUUGUUGUGCCAACAUUUGCAUGUUUAAAGUGCAGUCUAUAUCGUCAUUGACAUACAGUAGUUAAUAGAAUAGAUGGUUUGGAAAUUCACUAGAAUAACAAUAUAACUCAUUAUCUAUGUUAGUCAACGUUUAUUCAUAAAUCUGGUCCUUCACAGUCACGUGCGUAUUGCAUUUUUGCCCAACUAACCAACAGCAAUGUUUUAGGAAAGUCACCUAUCCGUGACUCGAACAAUAGGGAAAUUGGAAAUUGCUAUUGGUGGAUUUGGCAAAAAUACAAUACACACGUGACGGUGAACGACCAUAUUUAUGAAUAAACGUUGACUAACAUAGGCAAUGAGUUAUAUUGUUAUUCUGAUGAGUUUCCAAACCAUCUAUUCUAUUAAAGGUGAUCUACAGUCCGAUCUGCGCAUGUGCACAAAUGAGCCCACUUUUUAUGAUGCAAACAGUUUAACUAUGUUUUGAGUUCUUGAAAAGCCUCAUUGUUGUUUCUUGAUCAUUUAUUAUACUCCAGAAGCUUGAAAAUAUAAAUAGUUGUCGAAUAAAGCUCAAUAUUUUGGACACAAAAAAUGUAAACAAAGGCUUUGUUUACAUACGGACUGUAGAUCACCUUUAAAGGGCAUAUGACCCGAAAAUUGACGGUGUUAUUUUUUAGUCUAAUUUGAAAGAUCAUUGAAAACUGUAGAGUAACUUGUUUGAAAGAUUUUUGUUUUCUUGGUUCGUUUUGGAGAUAUUUCAUUUUGUAUGAUAUCGUGCGCUUUACAAAGAUUUUUAAUUUCUUAAUAAGUCAAUAUUUAAUAUAUGCAUCUUGUCAAUAUUUUACGCAUCUUUGCGUUAAGCUUAGUGUUAGGGCAUUCAAAUUCUAACAAUAAAACGUUAUUUCAAUGGUUUUUCGGGGUUUUUGGGACACCCUGUAGAAUAUUUAUCUAGGCAUGCGGGUGAUCUAAAGUUGUCAAUUGGGCAUAAACAAACUUUAGCCAAAUUUGUCUGUUUAUAAAUUACCAUGAAUUCUAUUUCAAAAUGCAUGCCAUUAUUGUUCUCUAAAUAUCUUUUUCAAAUAGGUGUGUGGCUUCUUCGCGGGAGUAAUUCUUCUUGUGGAUGGCAUUGUUCAUUGCAAAUUGUGAUAGUAUCGUAUAUAUUAAAAUAUAAACCUAUGGCUAUGUCUAUAUUAUGUGUAAUAAUCACUGAUAGAAAUAAUAAACAAAUUGUAGUCCUUUUCACCCUUUGAAGUCUGCUGUUGUUUGGCUGUUUAAAAUAUAUUAUAGCCUGCAUGGUCAACCCAAUGGAAUCCAUUGAAAUCAUGCACUGUAAUGCACAAUGUGUAUAGAGAUCAACGAUCAUCGGAGAAUGGUAGCCAGUGGCGCCUCUGGGAUUUUUUUGGAGGGGGGACGUAAUAAUUUGUGAAGGCACAAUUCGUGGGGGGGGGGGGGUCGUGGAUUUUGUCAUGUGGGGGUUUUGUCAUGGAUUCCACCCUACCCACCCACGCGGUCCUUUCAAGGCUUUAAAAAAACAACAGUAGGUAAAGCAGCAACAGGUAACUGCAUCAAAAACGAGACGAAUUAAGCGGUAAAGACAGCAAAAUCAAACGAUUACUGUAAGGUAAGUUUCUAGCUUAAUAAAACGUCUUCCACAGAGCCAUUCAGUAAUUGCCAGUCUGUAUAGCUUGCGUAUAUACAGAUAUAUUAAAAUCGAUAUGCCGACUAAGGUUUAAAAAGAGUAUAAAUCCAGUCACAAACACAAAUAACGCUUGUUCAUUAAAUUAACAUCAUUUUGCUCUUUAUUUCAUUAGCCAUGAUUUUCAAGCUAAUACUUUAAGUUUUUGUAGCUACGUGCAUGCAAUACUAACAAUAAUUUAUAGCUAAACAACUCUAUCGAUCGAAUGGAAUGUUUGUAACACUUAAUUUGUUAUUAUUUUAAACUGCGGUCAUGAUGGUGAUUAUGAACGAACUGAUUAGCAUAAAAUCCGGCAAAUGAAGGCGAAACUUUUUUAAACUUUGUAUUGCAAAAUAGAACGAUAUAGGGAGAAUUGCUCGGAAAUAUUAAGCCAAUAUUUGCUUUAAGUAGACCGCAGACAACAGAUGGUGUAAAUAUCUUAAAUUCUUAAGUUAAACUGCAAAAUUCACCAUUCUUAUUUUCAAUUAAUAUUGUCAAGUUUGAAGUCUAGUUUAAUCUUUGAAUAAUUCUAUAGUUGAGAAUAGUGCAAAUCUAGCGAUACACUAAUGCGCAUAUCAAACGUAUUACAAAACUAUGUUUAAAAUUUCGAAAGGUAUUUCCGGCUCAAGACAGUCACAUGUUCCAAAGAUCAAAAAUUCUUUAUGUGUCGGAAGACUGCAGCCACCCCUGACAGGAGUGCUCGCCAUUGCGGUUGACGUCAAAGUUGCCUCAUACAUGACGUCUAGUGGACAGCUAGUCUGUGUAGCAGGCUUUAUAGUGGACAGCUUGAAACAGCUACUCGGAAGAAAGAAUAAUCUCCAGUUAAAUUCCGGCAUUAUCAACAAAUCUUUGCUAUGCCUAUGGGUAAAAAUGCGCACAAAUCACCCUGUCGAACACAAUAUGCGAUUAAUUGUAAAACCAGCAAUAUAUUAGGCUUUACUGAUUACUGUAAUUUUGAAUCAAAAUGGUAGUCCGCUUGUUUUGUCGACGAUUUUAUCAUUCUGACGGAUGUGAAUGAGCGAACUCCCACAGUAAAGUACACAAUUAUUUUCCGGAAGUAUACAUUUCUAAAUCUUUUGCAUGUCAUUCGUUAAAUCCCAUCCCCCAGGAGGAGAAUAACCGCCGACGGAAUUGCUAGUGUGAACCUAGCCUGCAUGGCAGGCGGUCCCUAAAAUUGGGCAAGCCUGGGAAAGACCUGCCAUGCAGGCUAGUGUGAACCAGGUGCCUUUCAUACAACGUCCCCGGGAUUAGGUUACAAAAAGAGCUAGGAUUAGAGGAAGGGAUUGGAUUGCGAAUCGAGGUUGUUUCGUAUGAUUAUGUUUUUACGCCAUAUCGUUGCAGGUUCAAAAUCAUGGCUGGUAUUAAUGAAGGCGUGCAGUAUCUAAAGUCUGUUCCCAGCGUUUUGAAAAUUCUGGAAAUUGUAUGUAUUCAGCGCUUGUGACGUCACAACAUUUCAUUUGGCGCAAUCAAACUGACGUACUUUCCGCUUCAUUUAACUGGCUUAAUUAACAUGACUAAUUCAGAAAGGUCAUUCUCUAGCGAAUUGAGACUUGGUUUCAUACCAAUAAUUAUUGUAAUAUAUACAUAAACAUAAUUAUUGUUCAAAUAUUUCACGUCUAGAUACUUCUUCUAAUCUGUGUUGGUUCCGUUGGAUAUUUCUGGGACAACUGUCCUUGGAAAGAUUUGGAUGAUUAUCCUAAAAAUGACUACAUUAAGUUCUUCCUUGCGGCUACAGUAGUAGCAUGGAUAAUAGCACUGUUGUUCUUUCUUAUAUUUGUGGCUGGUGUACACAAGAAAAUCGAUGUUUUUAACUGGGCAAUGACGGUAAGUUCUCUGUCACCAUACACUAGCCUGCCAAGCCUGCCUUGCGCUCGUUGUGUGGGCCAAGCACAAUAAACACUAUGCUAUAUUUGUAUUACCGUAAAAUUUGUUUUUGCCUGCCAUUUCUAAAAUAUGGCCUGCUUUUGGUCAUUGGCAGCCCGCUAUUUCGAGCCCUGCUUUUGGAUCGUCUUAUGGCCCCCCACCUUCGGAGGGCACCUACUUUUAGGAUUCUAGGUCAAGUAUACCAUUGCUGCAUUUCACACAUUGCAGCCCUCUCCCAUUUUUGCCCGGAUUUUUGGAGAUAAUUGUGGGACUGCUCGCAGUCUAUAGAUAUGGGUCCAUGAAUUAAUAUUUUCAUAAUAUAAAUAAUUUAUUAAACGGUUUCUUGUACCUUAGGCUGCAUUAAUUUUCAUUCUAUUGGCCAUCUUGGUAAUAGUGGCCUCAGGAUUGUUAGCAGAUACUGUCAAGUACUACAAAGACAACGGAGUUUGCAAAGCACUGGAAUUUUUUGAGAAAGACAGUCGGUGUAAACAGCUAACAGCAGGAACUGUAAGUUUCUUUCUUAAAUAUUUUAUAUUUCUCUUGUUCUUGUUGCUCUCACAUUUCGCAUGUUAAAAAUACAGUCUAUAUAGAGUAGUUGCCUACAAAUAUUACCAUGGAUUCUAUUUCAAUAUGCAAUUAUUGUUCUCUAACUUUUCUUUUUCAAAUAGGUGUGUGGUUUCUUUGCCGGAGUGAUUCUUCUUGUGGAUGGAAUUGUUCAUUUCAAAUUGUGA